AUGCGAUCUUGUCGCAUUCUGACCGCUUGUGCCAUCACUGCGUUGAUGACUUUGCUCGUUAGCAAGCCUUGCCAAGGCCUUCCAACUCCUCCGUUCCUGAGCCGCACCGUUGAUCCAUGGGCCCCAUGUGAAGGCUGCCUUCCGAUUUCUACAUCAAACACUUACACAGAAAGUGGGAUGUCAUGGACUUACAGCAGAAAGUUUCCAAUGAUCACCGGAACCGAGGAAUCGUACGACGAUCCUGCUUACCGCAGUUCUUCGCCACAAGAGGUGGAAGCCAUCGUGAUCAAAGCCGAUGGAAAAGCUUUCGGUAUUUCAGAUGAGCAAUAUGCGCUUCCUGAGAGAUCGGAGGAGGAUUCAUCUACCCGAGGCUCUUAUAUAUAUGUCACUGGAGAAGACUCCUUGAAUCCAGAAGACUUUGAUGAAGAUGAUUGA